AUGUUUCACUUCAAACUCGCGUCGUCAACGUUCUUCUUUGUCUUGAUCAUUGCGCAAGGACUGACAAGGUUAGAAGGUGCUUCUUCGGAUGCUGAUGUAGAAGACGAAGUAAUCAAUGACGAUGCAUCAAGUGUUGUGAAGGAUACCCUUGAGGAGCAAUCGGAGACUAUUGGUGCAUCACCCGAUGCAUAUGUUUCGUUUCUUUUUACCCAACCGGAGAAUUCAAAGGAUUUACCAGGCGGUAAAUUGGUGAAGUUUUUAAUUGGUUUUCAUAAUCGAGGCGAAAAAGAUUUCAUUGUACGACAUUGUGAGACAUCAUUCCGUUAUCCACAAGACUUCAGCUAUCACAUUCAAAAUUUCACAUUGGCUCGAUAUGAACGAGUUGUAGCGCCGAAACAAGAAGCAUCCUUCGAUUACGCAUUCUUCCCGUCUGAACAAUUCGCUGGUCGUCCGUUGGGUUUAGUUGUUGAGUUACACUACGUUGACUCAGAGGGUGCAAUGUUCAUGAGUACGCUGUUCAAUGAAACUGUUAUGAUCGUUGAAGAUGAAUCCAAUUUCAAUACUGAAACAGGAUUUCUGUAUAUCAUCUUCGCAGCUGCAGUAGUUUUAAUAUUACUUGCUGGACAGCAUUUCCUCUCCAAGUUAACACGCAAACAUGGUAUGGCAAAGAAUCGUCAGCAGUCACAAGUCAUUGAGACGGGCACGAGCAACAAAAAUGAAGUGGAUUUCGAAUGGAUACCACGAGAAGUGCUCAAUCACAAUAAGUCGCCUAAACCAGGAUCACCGAGACAACGCAAGCCAGUUACACGUGAUUCAAUGGAUAAUUUCGGAUCGCUCCAUCGAAACACCACGCAGCUUCUAGCUGCAAAAGUGGCCACAUAUGCCCUGCCAUCGCCUAAUCCCGAUGAUGUGCAUUGCAGUUUCCUAAGAGAGUUGUUGCUGUCGAGAGAUGAGUGCACUCAUAUUCCGGAUGGUGUGUGUGAUAAAAGUAAUGAAGUGAGGUCGUUACGUGCUUGCAUGCAACGAAUGUGUUCUCUGACGGAACGUUACAAUCGUUGCAAAGCAACAAUGAACGAGCUACGAUCCAGCUACGAGUUGGUAACUGAACGUACGUGCUCAUUACAUCACGCAUGUGAUCAAAUGAUGUCGCAUCAUACACAGAUCGCCGCUGGUGCCGAGCAGAUUCGUGCAAAUCUUUACUAUUAUACGCAAUAUGAAAUGAUAAUGAAGAAACUAACCUCCUCAAAACUAUCAGUAACUGGUCAGGCGUUCACUCAACUUUUGACUACCAUCGAUGAGUGCUUAACGUUCUUGCGAGCACAUGUCUACUAUAAAGAUUCAGCGUUGUACAUCUCAAGAUAUGAACAGUGUUUGUCAAAAGCGAUGACCGCAAUCCGAAGUGGUGUUCUCGCUGAUUUACAAGCAAGUGCGAAUGCAGUCAUCGAACGACAAGCACAGCUCGGUAUCGAACACACGUAUAGUGACGACGAUACGUUCGCGUUGUUGUAUGGUGUUUUUGCGGCAAGAGCAAAUGCCGUUCUUUCGGCGUUAUCAAUUGCUGAGAAUCGUUUUGCAAAUGUUCCCGAAUUCGAGUCAAUGAUUGCUGAUUGCCAGCAAGCAUACUUCUCUAUUCGACAACAACUUUUGACUCCUAUUGUUCAAAAAACCAUUGAUCAGUUAUUAAGUAAGUAUGCGAAUAGUUCGUGUGCAUUAACACGUAACGGAUGCACAUUUCUUUUGCGUUUGUGUGAUGAUGAAUUUCGCCUUUACAAACAGUUCUUCAACGUCGCAGGUGAUGAAAGAGCGAGUCCUCAUUCACGUUGUUCGUCUGAAGCACCGAGUUCAUUGAGGAAUGUUCUAGCGCCAUUUAUCGCCUCGCUGACGUCAUUCGAUGAUUUCAUUGAAUCGUUUUGUCGUCUUUUUUACGAUAUUUUACGUCCAAUAAUCGUUCAUAAUCCGCAUCUCGAAACGCUCACCGAACUGAGUACAAUCCUCAAGGUGGAAAUGAUUGAAGAACGGUGUGGCCUAAUGGCAUCAAUGUUACUUGCGUCUACAGUAGCACCACCGCAGUCGGAUGCAGCACCUAUGCGAUCAUCAUCGCCUGAUCAAAGCAAUGUUUGUGUUGACAGGGACGGCAAUGCGAUUAAUCCUCGAAUGGCGAAUUAUCAGCCAUCACCUGGCGAUAUUGCUUAUCCAGAAAAAUUGGUGAUGAUGAAUGAUAUUGCUAAGCAGCUUGGUGCUAAGAGUAAUGUCGCGUCUCAGCCCCUAACAACAACAACAACAACUGCAGUCGCAACGUGUGCGGUCGAUUUGAAUUGUCUUUGGUAUCCAACUCUACGACGAACCGUAAUAUGUUUGUCGAAACUUUACAGUUGCCUUUUUCCUGGUGUUUUCGAGUGUCUUUCGAGAGAACUUGUAACUGCAUGUUGUGAUUCACUAAAGAACGCGGCUGAGCACAUCGAAAAACGAGUUGCUACAAAGAGUGGUCGUUAUCAGGGCCUGUUGCAUGCACAGUUGUUUGUUGUGAAACAUUUGCUGAUUCUUCGUGAACAAACGAGUCCAUUCAGAAAUCCCUCUUCAUCCGUUUCUGGCACUGGUGGAGGGGGAUCGUUGGAUGAAUGUGCGCUACAACGCGACUAUUCGUUUGAUCUUAGCAAGUAUAAAACAUCAGCCGCUCAACUCUUCCAUGAUCGUGAGCACUGGUUUGAUCUGAAUUCGAAAAAUGCAUUUCUGGAAUUUCUUUUUCAGGUUCCGGUCUCUGUAUCCGAACAACUCGGUGAUUUUCGUCGUAUAAUUGAUGCUCGACUAAAAUCGCAUUGUCGUGAACUGAUCAACAGCGCAUCUGAUAUGAUUAUUAUUGAACUUGUCGAUUAUAUGAAUAAAAUUGAUGAGCUCAUGAAAGGUGAAAAUAUCGAUCUAAAUAAAGAAGAUACGCUGCAGCCAACAACCAUGCAAAAUUUUGUCAGUCAGGCGUACCGUAAAUUAACUCAUUCUUGGCCAGAAAUUAACUCGGCGUUUGAUUUGUACAUUGGCGCCAAGGAUACCGAAGAUGUACUACUUCAUCCCAUUAAAAAGCGUAUUGUUGAUGCAUUCGAACGCGCGAAUAUAUUCGUUAAUAAGCAGUACAACGAUGAACAAAAGCAAAUUGCAAGUAUCCCAUCGUCAGAGCAAAUAUGGCUCGUAUUGAAUGCUGCUUAA